AUGCCGUCGACGGCGAGCCGGCGGCCAGUUGCUGCAGCGGGAGCAGCAGCAGCAGCAGCAAGCAGCAGCAGCGGGGGCGCAGCAGCAGCAGCAGCAGCAGCAGCACGCCGCCGCAGCGAAAUCUUCGUAGACAUCAUCGAAAGGGUUUCUGCUGUCUUAGCAGCAAAUGGCAAUUUGCUGCAUGCAUGGUUUGGCGGGGGUUUGGUGGCGAGCGAGGGCUGCAACUUCCACGAGUGCGUGGACUUGUCUUUGUUUGAGUCCGAAAGACUUUUGAGUUUUAAACCUCCUUCUGGAGAAUUCAUUUUAAUGAAUUACAGAAUUCCUUCUCUCUCUAACGUCCCUUUUAGGGUUUUGCCGACCCUCGAGGACCUGGGCAGGGGCAGGGCGGAGGUGACUUUGCGGGUUCGAAAUGACAUUCCCAACACUUCUUGUGCAGCAAAUAUUGUUGUCUCUCUUACUGUCCCCAAGUCCACUGCUGCUGCUUCUCUAGAAGCCAUUCCCUCCGUGGCUGCGCAGGCGAGGAGCGCGGAGUUCAUUGCGUCGGAGCAUCGAGUCCAGUGGGUGCUGAAGAAGUUCCAGGGGGGCAGCGAGCUGGCGUUUGUGGCGCGGCUGACUUUCCACCCGUGGGCGAGCCCUCCGCUGAAGACCGAAUUUGGGCCCUGCAGUUUGGACUUUGAAAUUCCCAUGUACAGCAUUUCCAGCCUCCAGGUCAGCAGCAGCAGCAGCAGCAGAUGUAGGGGGAGACCAUUCGCAGCAGCAGCAGCAGUAGUGGUGGAGCAGCAGCAGCAGCAGCAGCAGCAGCACGAACGGCAGUAG